UCAAACCGCAUGGUGCAGAAAUGCAACAUCGCCCUCUUUUGUUUCGGACAACAAAUGACAUGUCUGCCUCUGUCAGCGACAAGCAGGCGAUGCAGACGGUCGUUGGGUUUGCCUGUAGUAUCAGCCAGCCACCAACAACCAGCCGCCUGAAUGUAGAUCCGCAUGGGCUUUUACUUCUUCAUCUUUUUUAAAUAACCCGGCGGAAAAUUAAAGUAAGGAUCCAAGGAUGGUGUUAGUGCAUGUCGGAUACCUGGUUCUCCCCGUAUUCGGCUCAGUAAGAAAUAGAGUAUGGAGGCUGGCUCUACAUUCUGCAUUUAUCAGAUCUUUGUCGUCCCCCCAUUGUGUAGCUAAUGAUCAUCUGCUGCUGUGUGGUGUGGCGUGGCCUCUGCCUGUUCUCUGCAUUUAGCUGUAUUGUGAAUCCCUUCUUCAUUUCCUCUUUCCAUCAGAAGACGACAUUGGUAUUAAAAAGCACCCCUUCCCAAGAUGUAUUCAGCCAUAAUAUUUCAUGUUAAGCAGACUAAACUAUAGCUAACAACUAGAACACAGCACUUUUUGUUGUCUUUUUUUCUGUCAAAUUGCUGUAGCACUAAGUAAACAUUUUAGCUCCUUUCUAGGUAUCAGUUGAAUGUCAUUGUGUACCUCCCAUCCAGUCUUGAUAGACAACAUGCUGUAAAUUCCUGUAAAGUGGAUACAUUUUGCAUGAUCUAGAAAAAAACUGCACUGCAUUGAUUGAUUGAACACCAGAAUUUGGCUCAUCUUCCUUAUUUUCACACAAGGUGCAAUGCACCCCCCCAAAGUGACCUCUGAUUGGGGGGAGGGGGGGGUGUGAAUUAAUAAAGCAUGCUAAUUGAACUCCUUGCAUGCCAUUUUACUGCAAAAACUUUUUUUUCCCAUAAAAUUCGGGGUCAUGCAAAUGGCUUAAAGUAGCCCCAAGGUACGCUGCACCUGCUCACAGCAACCUGCCAUAUCUGUCUCCCAUUUUUGUGCAAUCCUUUUGUUCCUGUUGCAAAUUUCAAGCUUUGAACCGCACUGAAUCGUUGGGGCCGUUUGCCCUGUAUGUGGAAAUUCAACUUAAAACGAUAAAAAUUAGCGGUGACAAAACCUCCCCCCCCCAAACUAUUUCACUGGUUGUUCAUUAACUCUCAGUUUACUUCACUAACAUGAGACCAAAAUGCUAUCCAUUUCACAGGGAUGCUUAUUUUCCUGCACUGCUAAAGAGAUCCUCUAUUAGAAAUAACGUCUUUAUUGUUUGGUUGUGGUCUCUCUUUACCUUUUGUUCUGGUAAUAGUACUUUCAAUGCAUGGUCACAUUUAUGAUUCAUAAUUUUUUGUUUAUGUUUUUUCUACAUUGAAUAGUGAAAAUCCAAUGUAAUCUUUCUGUAGUAAAGAUGUACCCUUGCUGUACUGAAAUCAUGUGCUGUAGCCAACACGUCUGCUCAUUGGAUGCUGCUUUUGUUCUUUUUAACCCUAUAUGGAGCAUGGAGGGCCUUGCCUUCAGUCUAUGUUGUUUAUUUUUGUUGCAUGGAUUUAUACUAUUAUUACAAACAAAGAAAAAAGGACACACAAAUUCCACAUAUACUAAUAAUUUUUUCAAUAAAGAAUCUAGUGUUUUUCCUAACCUUCAGUGUGCUUCUUGCUGAUUUCCAUUUAUUGUCCUUCCUCUCCCUUGUCCCUCCCCCCACCCACCCACCCACCCACCUCCUCUCCUGCUAUGACAAAGAUAGACGAUUUCCAUGCUUCCUCCAUCCCAGGGCCUGAAUGAGUCUAUCUGCUGUCAUUCACGGAUCCCAUUUUAACCGGCAACAGCAACAACAGCAGCACAGCCAUGCUACCUCUUGCCGGCACUUCCAGCUAGGUCCUCAGGCCCCACUGCCCAUGGACUUCCCCAUGUCCCACCCAGGGCAGCCACAGUCAGGCAUGAACCCCCACCUGGCCCCACCUGGCCACCAGCAUAUCUCUUCACUUCAUCCGCCCCUCAACCCCCUGCCUUCACCUCAGUUCCAGGAUAUCCCCACCCCUCCCUUCCUACCUCAGGCAUUACACCAGCAAUACCUCCUCCAGCAGCAGAUCUUGGAGGCCCAGCAUCGGCACAUCCUGCCACCGUCCAGUAGACGCACCCCAGAGAGAGUCCCCCACCAACCCCACAGACUACGGCCAGGAUACGAGUUUGCGCCCCCGCUCCACGUCCCUCAGCCUGUGGUGCAGCAGCCCCGAUACCUGGCUGAGGGCACUGACUGGGAUCUGAGUGUUGAUGCUGGGCUGGCUCCACAUCAGUAUCAUAUCCACCCACUGCCGCAGCACUAUCAGCACUACUUGACCUCCCCCAGGAUGCACCACUUCCCCAGAAACAAUGCCUCAACGCAAGUGGUUGUCCAUGAGAUCAGAAACUACCCCUACCCCCAGUUGCAUUUGCUGGCACUGCAGAGUCUCAACCCCUCCCGCCACGCAUCUGCUGUGAGGGAAAGCUACGAGGAGCUCCUGCAGCUGGAGGACAGGCUGGGCAGCGUAAACCGCGGAGCAAUUCAAUCCACCAUAGAGAGAUUCACUUUUCCACACAAGUAUAAAAAGAGAAUACCCCAGGACCUGAAGAUGUGCCUGGAUGACGAGGAGCUGGAUACUGAUGAAAAAUGCACCAUUUGUCUUUCAAUGCUGGAAGAUGGAGAGGACGUCAGGAGAUUACCCUGCAUGCACCUCUUUCACCAGGCGUGCGUUGACCAGUGGUUGGCCACCAGCAGGAAGUGCCCCAUCUGCAGAGUGGACAUUGAGACCCAGCUGACCCCCGACAGCUGAUAGCCCCCCCGACGUCAGUUCCCGCGGCUUCGGAUCUGGUCUCGUUAAUUCUCCCAUCGCCUCCCUCCGGGGUGUGGGUAGGGGGGGGAGGAGGAGCUCUGCCAAACACCUCUCUUCCCCUCUGCAUCGCUCAAAGAGUCUGCCUUCUGAGACGGCUGUGACGGGGUGGCGCGGGGGGGAAAUCAACAAAGCACACUCGCCUACAACGCAAC